AGCGUCUGUGAUAUUUCUCCUUUUCGUAUAACCACAAAAACCACAACAAAAGUUGUGGUUAAGAGACUUAAGAACCAAAAAUGUGAAUUAUAUACAGUUAUUUUUCCUCCAUAUUCUCGUCAAUGAACGAUCUAGUCAUGGGGGUGGACCAGUUCCUCCUGACGUGGAACAACCACCGCUCCAACUUAGCAGAAGUUUUUACGCAGCUUAGGGUUCAGGACCAGCUGGUGGAUGUAACGCUGCUGUGCGAUGGUGGCAGCUAUCCCGCCCACCGCCUGGUACUGGCCGCAUGUUCUCCAUACUUCCACCAACUCUUCACCCGCUUGCCUACCCAGCACCCGCUCAUCUACCUCAGGGAUGUCAAGCAGGCCGAGCUUGAGGCCCUGCUGGAGUUUAUCUAUCGAGGAGAGGUGAGUGUUGCAAACAGUGAGCUGACCGGCCUAAUAAAGAUUGCGGAGAGCCUACGCAUCAAGGGUCUGGGUGACGUGUCCCAGCGAGACCAACAGCAGCCCCUUGUGGGAGAGAAGAGAGCCAGUUCCCCAGUUUCCCCAGUCUCCUCACCUCCCCAUCAGCCCCGCCCCAAGAAGGCACCCCGCCUUUCCUCCAACAGCAAUGGUGAAGUGAAGGGCCAAGACACCAACUUUGCCUCCCUCUUGUCACCAGCAAACAGCUACGGCCAUGCCAUAAACAAAUCCAGCAAUACCAAAGAUGGCUUUGCUCAGCUGAUGGACACAGGAUGUCCAGACAUGCCAGAGCACAUGCUGGAUGGGGAACAGACUCCCCCCAAAGCUGGCUGGGACAUCCCACUAUCAGAGUCAAAGCUACGCUCCUGUCUGGAGGGCCUGGAAUCAGUCCCUGCUGCUCAAUCUCUCGCUCAGUCUGUUGCUCAGUCUAUUGUAAUUCCCCGCACCCCAUACACCUCCACCCCAACCAAAGUGUCAUCCAUUAAGAGAGAGGCUGGAGACGCUUCUUCCAAGGAGGGAGGCUCCCGAGGGGGACUAGUCCCUUCACGCAAAAGGAACCUAGACUCCCAGGAGGUCCGGAAACCUAGAGGACCUGCACCAGUAAACAGUCUAUCCUCCACCAGUCAGGAUGGAAUGAAAGAUGUCAAGAUCCCUAAAGAGCACAUUAAGACAGAGGUGGAAGUAGACACCAUGACACCAGGAGGGGGUGAGGGGGAAGCUCCCAUACUGCCCAUGUAUGACAACUCGGGAGAGCUUCCACCAGCAGCAUCAGGAGAUCUCUCCAACCCACUGCUGGCCAGUUAUCGCCACAUUUUGAGUAUUGGGGGAUCUGAGGAGCGAGCCUACUCUCCCCUCAUCCCCAUUACUGUGCAGGAACAGCAGCAGCAACAGCAGCAGCAGCAACAACCACCACAACAGCAACAGGCCCCAUCACCAACCAGCAGGGAUGCCCGAAGCUUGACUUGUCAGCUGUGUGGAGCAACCAUCAAGCACAUAGCCAAUUUCAGGCGCCACAUGAAGCAGCACCUCAACCCCCGCCGCUUCCCUUGCCCCUGGUGCUCUGCUGCCUUUGGACGCAAGGACAACCUGAAGACACACACUCGGAAGCAUCAUGCAGCAGAGGUUGAGGCACAGGAGGCUGGGCUGCUGCCACCAACACCUGGGAACAGACCUGAAUCUGGGGAAGAAGGCAAGUGUGGUAGUGUUGAUGAUGGAGGAAGGCUGCCGGGCCUGAAUGGACUCAGUGGCCCAGAAGAGAAAGACCGUGAGGAAGAGGAAGAGGAAGAUGGAGGAGGUGACCGAGAAGACUCCUCUUCUGAUCACAAUGAGGGGUUGGUGAUUGCUGAGGACACAGAGGAGGAGGAAGAGGAGGAUGACGACGACUCCCGCAUGCAGGCGGAGAAUGGUCAGUGAGAGGCUGAUUCUCUGUUAGAUGAGGCAUUAGUUGUUCCUGAGAUGGGGCAGCCUUUUGGUAGUGUGUUGGUACUGGAGACUGUCUUCAUAUUUUACAGAUUUUACUGACAUAUCAUGAUUUUUAAAAUCAUCCACAUAUCACAGUAAAAUUUUGUAAUGUUUAUAUAAAAUUUAAAGACAUCUUCCAAAUUUUAUCUAAAAUUUGCAUAUCAUCAUCAGAUUAUUUAUGAUACCAUUGAUAAAGAAAUUGUGAUAUAAAAUGCAGUAGACUUUUUUUGGAUGUCAUAUUCAAGAAAAUGUAUGCAUUUCUAGUUACCAACAAAGAUUUGUGGUGAUUGCUUAGCAGAACUGUUGAGAGAAAUUAGUCAUCAUAUUGGAAUUAUGUACAGUUCUUCCAGUGAAAGUUAGGUAACAGCCUUCAAUUGGUGAUAAGUAGGUGUGAUUUCAUUGGAGUAAGGUGGCACUGUAGGUGUUAGUGUGUAGUCCCUUCACUGCAGUGUUUCAGAGUAUAUUUUCCAUUGAUAAUGAUAAUAAGAAGUGUAGUGUCGGUGAUAGGGGAUGGCUCUUCCGCCAAACUGAGAAAGGUGUACUGUUUGACUGGAACACCAUAUCAUCAUGGAACUGGACAAAGGGAAAGAUUUUACAUGCUUCACAUAGAGGAGACAAAGAAUAUACACAAGUCCUCUAUUGAGCUCUUUUAACUGUUGAUGUAUUUUCUGGAGUGAAGUAGUUUUGUACUGGGAUAACUUAUUUAGUGCCUAAACCAUUAACUUGAGGCAAACCCUUAUUGUUGGAUUUCAGAGGAUUUGUGCACCAACUGACAAUAUUUGCAAUGCCUUAAAAUGUUCAAUUCUAGAAUUAAUUGAUACUAAUGACUUUUAUAUGCAACUAAAUUUGUGAGAAGCCUUGCCUCUUUGCUCAUAUCAUUACAGGAAAUAUAGAGAUUUGAGUCUGUAUUAUAGGACAUUAUCAUCUUUGGCAUUAUUUGACUGUAGAUUUGGUACCUUGUAGUGUCUAGUCAGAAGUAAAAAGAAGUAAUGAUUUACCUAACUAGUAUGUGUAAAUGUGUGUGUGUGUGUGUGUGUGUGUGUGUGUGUGUGUGUGUGUGUGUGUGCAUAUGCGUGUGUGUGUGUGUUUAUACAUGCAGGUUGUCGGAGCUGCAAUAAAUAGUCUAGUCCCAAAUGCAACGUUGCAAGCCAAACACGUAAUUGCAUGAUUUUACAACCCACUCUCUUCCACGUGCCCAAUCAUGUCUCAGCGUGUGUCAACUUGCCAAUGCUCAGUGUUACUGAGGAAAUAUUUUCCCCAAGGAGACCUUAUACAAUAUAACAGUCUGGUAGUUAGGCAACGAAACAAUUAUUGCAGGAGCUCUUUGUAGUGGAAUUUUAAUGUAAAUUUAUCAGAUUUGUAUUUAUUAUACUAAGAUUUCCAAGACAAAUUUUAUGAUUAAUUUAUUUUGUUGAUUUAUUUUACUAUUUAUUUAUGGCUUCAGUAUUGAAGUAUUCUACCUAUGUAUUUUAUGUAGUUGUACAUUAUGAUUUCAGUCAGUCUCAUCACAUAUUGAUUUAUUUAAUCUCGUAGAAAACUAUUACAGGAAGUCUUUGCUCCAUGAUGUGGUUGUGCUCCAACACUAUAUGUCAUACAGGCAUUACUGAAUUGAUAUACUAACAGUUUGCAUCAAUGAAAGGCUUAGUCAGUCCCAGAAUGUAAGUAGCAUUUAAACAUUUCUUUUACACCUAUUUAAAAUCUAUACUCAUUGUAGCCUUCACAGUGAAAGAAAAGUACCAAAUAUUUACACAAAAUCUUAAAAAAUGGGAACUGCAUUUCUUAAUUGCAAAUAAAAGAUUAAUUUUUGUACACUUGUACUUGAGUGAUCAGCUUUGAGUUUCAGAAUCACUACACAGAGUUUCACUUUCAUUUUUCAUAUGCCUGCAUCAAGAACACUUGAGCUGGGAAAAAAAAAAAAAACAGCCAUAAUUGAUAAGCAGUCCUGAAUUUUUAAAAUUUGAAUGUGUAUCAUUUUAAAAAUGUAUAUCAUCAUCAUCCCAUAUGAUUCCACUGCAAGACAAAGCCUUUCCUGAUUGGUUUUGGUGGAGUUAAGCCAAAUACCAUGCCACUCUUAGGGAGCAUUGCUGAUGGACUUACAAGGUGAAAGGAAAUGUACUUGCCUUACCUGGAAUUCAAACCUGUGUCAUCUAGCACCACUGGACCACAUGGAAAAUAUGAACAAGCAGGUCUUCAAGGGAAUACCAAAAGGAUUGAUAAAACUACAUUGCAAGGAAGGACAUUGAAACCUUAACAUCAUUAAGUAAGUUAUAACAAUCAUGUAGCAAAGGUUUCCUGUAUUUGUAAUUAGACACAUCGUGAUGCCUUAAAAGGAGCUUAUGUUUAUGACAAAUCCCAGUGAAAUUUUAAUGAUUAGUGAUUUCAGGUAGCUCUUUUUUCCUUAGAAGAUUUUUACCGAUGAAUCUAGAUGACAAAUUUUGAUAGCUGCUGCUUAGAUAGUAGUUGUGUAUAUUUUGGUUCCAUAAAGUCUUGCAUAAGACUGAUAAAUCAGCCCAUGAUGUUUGAAGAUGGAACAACAGUGGGAGUUGCUUCUCUGUCAUCACCACCACCACCACCACCACCACUACACUCAGUCCCAACAAAAAUUACAUUUCCUACACCAACAAGUAGAUCUAUGUAUUCAUAUAUGAGGCUGUCCUUGAGGAUUGCCAGGACAGCAUCCACACUCUUCACCAUCACAUUCACAAGCUGUUAGUUUCCUGUAUGAUUCUAGAAAAGGUGGAACAUAUUAAUAAAAAUGGUCAGUUACUAUCACAGGACCACUGUUUAACCAAGAGGUAAGCAUUCAGGAUUGGCUUGCCUAAGAUAAUGUUCCUCGGUCAAUUGAAUGAUUGGUUUAUACUGUCACAUCAGUUACCAGGGUUGUGUAGCCUCAUGCUUGUGUCCAUCAUUUCCAGCAUUAUUUCAUAUUUGUUUUAGAAAUAGAUUUCACAUUAGUAAUAAAAACUGACAACCAAUACUAAUUAGGAUUUCUGGUGUAUUGCUAUUGAACAUUGAAGUGUGGUUCAACCAAGGCUGUAGUUGAGUCAGUAACAAAUGCAUCUUGACAUGCCAGCUGCAGGGUGUGUGGUGUGUGGUGGUAGGCAGAGGAAGUACAUGUCGGUAGGGGAGGCACAAGUGUAGACCUGUCCUUGUUACUAGUCCUUGUAUGUACUUAUUUACACAAAACAAGUAGAGUGAAUGAAUUGUUGUUAUUAUUAUUAUUAUUAUUAUUAUUAUUAUUAUUAUUAUUAUUAUUUUCAUUUUAUGUUUAUUAUGUAAAAUGUUGUAUUUAUAUAUAACGUCAGUUAUAUUUGAUACAUACUUAUAUAGCUUUGAAAUUUUCCAGCAAUGCAUGUCAUAAAUAUGGAAAGUAGCCUUUAAGUAAUGUUAUUGUCACUACAACAAAUCUGCAUCAGGUAGUGCUGAUGCUUCUAAUAUUUACUGUUUAACAAUCAUUGGAUUCCUGUUGAUGCACAAGUCAGUCUUGUGUCUAGUCUGAACACUUCAAGAUGUACCUUUGUAGCUUGUAUCUCGACAGAGUUGUAUAAGUAAGACCAACAAGACCCCCGGCAUGAUUCUAGUCUUGUAUACGACAGAAGUUCCUCUGAAAACUUAACCACAUAUCUGGGUCAUUUUUCUAGUCUUGUGCUAUGCACUUUAGUACACUGACCAACACUGCAGGGAAAUGUAUGUGUGGGUACACUGACCAACACUGAACACUGCAGGGUAAUGUGUGUGUAGAUGUGGCUUAGAUGUAAUGAAUAGUGCAGGUAUGUAAUACAAAUGGUCAAUACGUAAAGAUGCACACUAGUUACUUGAAUGAACUUUCUUUUCACAAUAAAGUUAAAAUCUAUCAUACUGUUGCUAUGGGCAAGGGGAAGGAAAUGGACAGCAAGGCUAGAUUUGAAGGCUGGGUCAGACCCAAUGAGAGUGGCCUUGACUGCUCUCUAAACAUAAAAAAACACAAAGGAAGUUGCAAGAACCCUACAUGUGAUAGUCCCUGCAUGAUAUGUAAGGGGAAACUACCAUUCCAUAUCCUAGUUAUGAGUGCCUCUAACUGUCAGACUGCAAAAAAUUUUCUAUGAUCAGCUAAAAUCUUGUUAUCAGACUCCUAGCACACAUGUUUAGGUGAUGCUACUGAAUCAUGAUUUUUUUUUUUUUUUUUUUAAUGGCAUAUACUCAUUAGAGCCAAAUUUGUGAGUAUGCAAAUAU